AUGUUUGUCAAACCGCGCAGAGACGAGCUAUAUCAUGCUGAAACUAACGAGUCUCUGCAACCCCAUGCGCCUCGGGCCCUCGGAAUGUCUACCUCGUACGCCACAGAUGAGUCUCCGUCGCAGCUUUGGUAUGAGCAAUCUAUCAAUGCUGCCGUCUACAUCGGCGCAAUGGCAUGGGGGGUACAUACGUCGGUCUUCUAUACGGCCGUCAGAUGUAUCCUCCAGAAUCAGAACCAGAAGAGGCGUUUUAUAUGGCUUCCCUUUGUUUGUGCACAGUUCACCAUGUCGACGGUGAACAUUAUUUGCAGCAUCAAUUUCAAUGAACAUGCGUGGAUUGACGAGCGCAACUAUCCCGGUGGCCCACUUGCCUUCAUCGUCGAACGGCAGUCUCUACCGGUCAAUACUGCUUCCAUUGCAGCCUCGGUCGUCACAAUCUUCCUUGCUCAAGGAUUCUUGAUUUUUCGAGUGCACGAGCUAUGGAAGAAGGCUUACAUCACACUUUGCUUGAUCCUUGUCUUACUUGCAUCGACAGUCAUGUCUGUCCUCCACUGCAUACAGGCGUCUCGUACAUCUUCUGGCCUAUGGGAUCAAUCUACCCUCAGCCUAUCGGUACCCUUCGCAUCGCUAGCCAUGUCUCUGAACAUCCUCCUCAGUAUCUCCCUUACGUGGCGGCUCCUGGACCUCCGCCGUCAGCUUCCCUCUGUGAUCACCGAUCACUUGAAGGAAACCUACACCGGCUUUGAAGCUCUACUGGUAGAAUCCGCACUGCCAUACGGUAUUGUCUCUUGCAUAUUUGUAGUACUAUAUGGGCUGCAGAACGCCGGUGCAAAUCUCUGCGUUCCGUUACUCGUGCAAUUGGAGGGUAUCGUUCCAGGAUUGGUUAUUCUGCGCAUUGUCCGCGGAUACGCUUGGUCAAUGGACAUUGUUCGUCGGGUUGGUCCGGCAAAUAUUACUUUCCGGGGUUCUCUCGGUCGCCCUGUAGAUUUUUCUGGGACGGACGAAGUGUCAUUGGCGAUGCUUAACCUCCCGUCGGGACACUCGUCGGAUGCGAAGGUGCCCUCUGAUCUGGUCUAA